UUGGCACCAGAAACAGAUUACCUUAAGACGCAACGCCACAUGUUGAGCUAAAACUUCACACAGAGAGAGAGAGAGAGAGAGAGAGAGCAGUUGCCAGUACUCUCACUCAGUAGUUCCCACUGAAGCUUCACUAGCUACAAUGGCGGCGGCCUCCUCCGCAUCUCUCGCAUGCCAAAUUUCACGCCCCAAACCCUCCGCACCCUACUCCCCUCACUUCUCCGGGCUACAUCGAUCCUGCUCCACACUCUCUCUCUCAUCACCUACCCUCUCUCUCUUCCCACACCUCGACUCCCGUCUCCGCCUCUCCCAUUCUUCUAGAAGAGCCUGCAGACGCGUUGUCGCCAUGGCCGGUUCCGGAAAGUUUUUCGUUGGUGGCAACUGGAAGUGCAAUGGGACAAAAGAAUCUAUCAGUAAGCUUGUCUCAGACUUGAACAGCGCAACGUUGGAGCCUGAUGUUGAUGUUGUUGUUGCACCUCCUUUUGUUUACAUCGACCAGGUAAAGAACUCGUUGACAGAUCGAAUUGAGAUAGCUGCUCAAAAUUCUUGGGUAGGCAAAGGUGGAGCUUUUACAGGAGAAAUCAGUGUGGAACAGUUGAAAGAUAUUGGCUGCAAGUGGGUUGUCCUGGGACAUUCUGAGCGGAGACACGUUAUUGGAGAAGAUGAUGUGUUUAUAGGAAAGAAGGCCACUUAUGCCCUGAGCCAGGGUCUUGGAGUUAUAGCCUGCAUCGGAGAACUGUUAAAGGAGAGAGAAGAAGGAAAAACUAAUGAUGUUUGUUUUCGGCAAAUGAAGGCUUUCACUGAUGCUGUGCCGAGUUGGGAUAAUGUUGUAAUUGCGUAUGAGCCUGUAUGGGCAAUUGGAACUGGUAAAGUGGCCACACCCCAGCAAGCUCAGGAUGUACAUGUGGCUGUUCGUGAUUGGCUAAAAAAGAAUGUUUCAGCAGAAGUUGCUUCUAAGACACGUAUAAUCUAUGGAGGAUCUGUAAAUGGUAGCAACUGUGCUGAGCUUGCAAAACAAGAAGAUAUUGAUGGAUUCCUUGUAGGUGGUGCUUCCUUGAAGGGUCCUGAGUUUGCCACCAUUAUCAAUUCGGGGACUUCCAAGAAGGUUGCUGCUUGAUCACGCCACCAAAGCAAAUAAGGGGCUUAGAAAAUCACCGAUUGAUUGAUCACUUGACGAAGCAUACAAGGUUGUUCAGUUUGGUGGGAUUUUGAUUGCUUUACAAUUUUGCUUACAGAAGGGGAAAAAAUACUCUGGGAUUCGUAUUGAUAUCGAUUAGACUAAUUCUGAAGUUAAUAUACGGUAUUUUAUACACCCCAUAUUUGAGGACUUUUUUUAUUAUUAUAAUUGUGCUAUUUUAGCAUACAAUUUCCCACUUAUCUUGUAUUUGAUGAAGGAGGAAAUACUUUUGGUUCAGACUAUGCUAUGCUAUGCUUUUGAUCAGAAACGAAAAA